AUGGAAAAUCGUGAAGUGCUUGUGAGCAGCUGCAGUGCUCAUGAUAAUGAAAACCUUUGCAGCUACAAACAAAAUCCAUCAGUAUCACAGGAGCUGCUUUUGGAAGACCAACUUAGAAGGAAGUUAAAAUUCUUCUUCAUGAACCCAUGCGAAAAAUUCUGGGCCCGAGGCAGGAAACCUUGGAAACUUGGGAUUCAGCUGCUCAAAAUAGCAAUGGUGACUAUCCAGUACUUACAGCUGCCCAACAUCUCUGUUGGAAACCAUGCUUACAAAAAGAGGGGAGCAGAAGAGACAGCUCUGGCCAUAUGUCAGCAGUUCUACAAGCAAGGAACCAUCUGUCCUGGAAAUGACACCUUUGAUAUAGACCCAGAGAUUGUGACUGACUGCUUGUACAUUGAACCAAUGUUGCCUUUAAACAACAGAACUGUAGGAAAGCACAAUUUGAAUUUCAGUCUGGAUUUCCACAGACUAGUGACAGUACAACUUGUGUUCAAUCUGAAGGCAAUCAACCUACAGACUGUUCGCCAUCAUGAACUCCCUGACUGUUAUGAUUUCACCCUGACAAUAGUGUUUGAUAAUAAAGCACACAGUGGAAGAAUUAAAAUAAGUCUAGACAACGACAUAGCUAUCAGGGAAUGUAAAGACUGGCAUGUUUCUGGAUCAAUACAGAAGAAUACUCAUUACUUGAUGAUCUUUGAUGCUUUUGUUAUCCUGACUUGUCUGGCCUCAUUGAUCCUUUGCACACGAUCAGUGGUUAAAGGAAUUCGGCUCCAAAGGGAAUUUGUAAGUUUUUUCUUACAUUAUUAUAAGAAAGAAGUAUCUUUCAGUGAUCAAAUGGAAUUUGUCAACGGAUGGUACAUCCUGAUUAUAGUUAGUGAUGUCUUAACUAUUGUUGGAUCAACUUUAAAGAUGGAGAUACAAGCCAAGAGUCUGACAAGUUAUGAUGUCUGUAGCAUACUCCUAGGAACAUCCACUAUGCUUGUGUGGCUUGGAGUCAUUCGCUACCUAGGUUUCUUUCAGAAGUAUAAUCUUCUUAUUUUAACACUGCGAGCAGCAUUGCCUAAUGUAAUGAGGUUCUGUUGUUGUGCUGCUAUGAUCUAUCUGGGCUAUUGUUUCUGUGGAUGGAUUGUACUGGGACCUUACCAUGUGAAGUUCCGUUCUCUGAAUGUGGUUUCUGAAUGCCUUUUUUCAUUGAUAAAUGGAGAUGACAUGUUUGCAACCUUUGCAAAAAUGCAGCAGAAAAGUUACUUGGUGUGGUUAUUCAGCAGGAUCUACCUCUACUCCUUCAUCAGUCUGUUCAUCUAUAUGGUGCUAAGUCUCUUCAUUGCACUCAUUACAGAUACAUAUGAAACCAUCAAGCACUACCAGCAAGAUGGCUUUCCAGAGACAGAACUUCAGACAUUUAUAUCGCAGUGCAAAGACUUACCAAACUCUGGAAAGUACAGGUUAGAAGAGGAGAGUUCUGUAUCUCUUUUUUGUUGUUGUAAUGGUCCUAGUGAAGAUAUUUAA